UCUUGUGUCUAUUCUUAUGUCAGUAUUGAAAUCAUAAUCUUUCCUUCCUGGUCGACUGAGCCGAACUUCAAGUACGAUAGUAAAUAAACAUGACAUUGGAUAUUAAUAAAAUUUAUCGUGUUUUCUUCAAUUAAAUCUAUAAUUUAUAUCAAAAUCAUAACUCAUUAUUAUAACGAAGUUUGAUCCGUCGUAAUACACUGCAAUUUUCGGCCGGUCAGCUACAAUCGUUAAAAAUAUCUAGUUAUUGUAGUGAUUUUACAGUGCAUUCAUCGCUGCUAUAAUGUUUAAGAGCACUACAAAGAAUUAUUAUGUAACAAAAAAUAUGCUUAAUACUCAAAGUUACGCUUUGUCAGUUCAAUAUCCUGAUUUUGUUAACAUAUAUUUCGUGAAUAGAGCUCUCUAAUACGAUUAUGCCUCUUUUUAAUUACACAAGAAGGAAGAAAACAAUUUAGUCUGAAAAUAAUAAACAUUUAACAUGAUGAUCGAUAUCGAAUGCUCAGAUAUAGAUGUCCCCGAAUAUAGUUACAACAAUGUGAAUUUUAAGUCGAGGUUACAGAAUAAUAUCAGUGAUUUCGGAGUUUUUUUCAAAGACUAUAUGUUAAAAAACAAUCCCUGCAUAAUACAAAAUGUAAUAUCCGACUGGGACUGUGCUAAUAAAUGGGUGAAAGGUGAUGAAAUCAAUUAUAACUAUUUGAUUGAACAGUAUGGCGACCUGGAUGCUCCGGUUGCUGACUGCAAAAAUAUUGAAUAUAACUCCCAAUGUAAAUCUAACAUGAAAGUACAUGAAUUCCUAGAAUAUUUGCAAAGUGAUACUAAUAAUAAAUUAUUGUACUUAAAAGAUUGGCAUCUGAGAAGAAGUAGGCCAGAUGAUAAGUUUUAUGAGAUUCUUCCAUAUUUUGCUAUGGAUUGGUUGAAUGAGUUUGCUGUAGAUAAUAAAGAAGAUGACUUUAUGUUUGUUUAUAUUGGCCCUCAGGGGUCUUGGACCCCCCUUCAUGAGGAUGUAUAUUGUUCCUUCAGUUGGUCUGUCAAUAUAGUAGGAAGAAAAAAAUGGAUUUUAUUUCCACCAGGAGAAGAAGACAAAUUAAAAGAUCAAUUUGGUAAUCUCCCAUUAGUAUUUGAACCAGAAAAUCAUGUUAAUGUAAAAUAUUAUGAAAUCAUACAGGAGAAAGGAGAUGCCUUAUUUGUACCAUCGGGCUGGCAUCACCAAGUUACAAAUGAGAUGAAAACUAUUUCUGUAAACCAUAACUGGAUAAACGCUUGUAAUAUAGAAUUUGUUUGGAAGGCUAUGCAAAAGUGUUUGGUGUGUGUUGAAAAACAGAUUUCAGAAUUCAAAGAUACUCCUGAAUAUCCAGCUGAGUGCCAGCUCAUUCUAAAAUCACUAUUUGGAAUGGAUUUCAAGUCUUUUGUGGUUUUCUUAUGCUACAUAGCCAAGAAAAGGAUUUCUCAGUUACAAGGACAGUCAAACACAAGUUUAAGCAAGUACUCACUGGGAAUAAAUACAAUCAAAUUUGAUUUAAGAAAUAUAUUAAAAGUUAUGAAUUCAAUACAAAUACACCCCAUAUUUCAAAAUGAAAACAUUUUAUCCUCAAUUGAAGAUGAUUUGUUACAAUUAACAAAUGCUAUUACCAAAGUAUUGUAAAUACUAUUUAAGUUAUGGUAAGCUAUAAAUUAGACUUUUUGAUAGCAGAAA